AUGUAGUGACUAUGCAUUGGUUUGGUCCACAGUUAGCUGACACAGUUCAUUGGAUCGGUCUAUUAUUGUAGGUAGUGACUGUGCAUUGGUUUGGUCCACAGUUACCUGACAGACAGUUGGGACAGUUCAUUGGAUUGUCCAUUAUUGUGUACUGUGACAUCACGACCCUCAGAAACACAUGCAGUAGGAAAAACAACAGUAAAUGUAGAAGAUGAACACCUCGCCAGAUGCUCCACCACUCAUGGAUGACUCUGCUCUACUGAAAAUGAGAGGAUACACACUCGGCACAAUCUUGGGUGAAGGCUCAUACGCAAAAGUUAAGUCUGCAUUCUCCGAGCAUCUAAAAUGUAGGGUGGCUGUGAAGAUCAUUGAUCGUAGAAAAGCUCCAUCAGACUUUUUACAGAAGUUCCUUCCUCGAGAAAUGGACAUUCUGCCUCUCAUGAACCAUCGUUAUAUUGUAAAGACAUACGAAAUCUUUGAGAUUGCGGAGGGUAAAAUCUACAUGGUAAUGGAGCUGGGUGCCCAAGGGGAUUUGUUGGAAUUCAUCAGGAGCAGAGGACCAAUGCCAGAACUAAUGGCACGAAAAUUAUUUCAUCAACUAGCCACAGCUUUAAAGUAUUGUCACGAUUUAGAUAUUGUUCACAGAGAUCUGAAGUGCGAGAAUAUUCUCCUGGACAAGGAGUUCAACAUUAAGCUAUCGGACUUUGGCUUUGCUAGACACUUAAGCUACAACAACAGUGACAAGAUAGUCCUAAGUAAAACGUUUUGUGGCUCAGCAGCUUACGCUGCUCCGGAAGUCUUGCAAGGAAUACCAUAUGACCCCAAGGUCUAUGAUAUCUGGAGCCUUGGAGUUAUACUUUUUAUAAUGGUUUCAGGUUCAAUGCCAUAUGACGAUUCCAACAUAAAGAAGAUGCUACGUGUACAGAAGCAACACUGUGUAAAUUUCCCACGCUCUAAACAUCUUUCGACUGACUUGAGAGACAUCAUUUACAACAUGCUUCAGCCAGAUGUAAGACAACGUCUAACCAUAGAUGAAACCUUGAACCAUAGCUGGCUUAAACUGUUGUCAAAAUCUAAAGGAUCAGAAUUUGCCCCACUAAGCAAAAAGUAUGUAAACCCUACAGACAAGGCUUCUGUUUUCAAACAUGCAAACCCAGAUACUCCUACCUUGCAAACUCCAAAGGAAAUGCAAACGGAUUUAGAGGUGGCAAGUCUCCGACAACGACUCCUACAGCAAAAGGAAGCCAUGACAGCAACAGACACAAACACACCAGCUGAAGAAGGCACUGCAGUUUAGCCCAGCAGAAUCUGGUCAAUGUCAUCUUGCAAGUUGUCAUAAAGGCCAUCAAAAAAAUUAGUUUUUUUUUCCUUCAGUGCUUAGUUGUUCUUAAGUUCUGUUAUUUUACAAACUAGAAACAUUAAUGUAAAUUACAGAUUAAAUAGCAUUUUAGGCUUCUACAGUAUAGCUACCUAAAUGGGUACAAAAGAACACAGUAGUAGAUCAGCUCACCAACUCUUCAUGCGUAACAGACACCAUUCUGUAAUGUCUGGAUGCAGGGGACCCACCGCUCUCCCCCGGUAGUAGCAGGAAAGUGAAGGAAAGGAAAAUCCAGCUCCCGAAAGGCAAAAUCUAGUAAAACUUAACGUUUAUUCGUGCACAUUAAAAAUGGUUAGCCACCAUAGCAGCAAGUGACAUGUCACUCAUAAAAACAGGAGUGAGACACCUACGCGUUUCGAGCAUACGCUCUUAGUCAUGGCACUGGUACCAUGUCACACAGGGGUUUAAAUACCUACUGAACAGUGUCAGAGCCCGCCGUGAAA